AUGGCAGGGCAUCCUACCCCCGAGCCCUCGGAAGAUCUCUACACAUGGACAAUAUGUACGGACGAAAGCGGAUUGACCGGCUCUUUGGACGACGAGCUGGUAUGGACCAAGCAUUGUGUUGUUUGGUCUCGUGCAGGGAUGGUCAAGCGAGUCUUUCGAAUGGACCCAGAGAAAGAAGAGAUUCGACAUGCUCUGUUCACCCAGUUUGCCGCUGGGCAUAACAAAAACUCGGGAAAUACGCCUCUCAGCCGCCCAGAUGGAACUUCGGGAGCACCAGGUGCGCGAAAGCCCUCUCAACGCACCGGGAAAGCGUCAGCUCCGGAGGCAUUUUCAACUCUGGAUCUUCAUGGAGAUGCGCGAGUAGCGGUCGUGGCUCCGCAACAGUCCAGUGAGGCACUCUCCCGAGCUCUCGUCGUGGUCCUCAAAUCGCAAGCCCAUAUCUUCUUUGUCGCGGGAAACAGCCAUACAAUACCUCUCCCAUUUGAAGUUGACUCUGUCUUCGCAACACCGCGUGGUCUCAUUUUCCAGAGAAAGGUUCUGGAGGACGAUGCCGGUAGUCAACACCCAACCGCGCCACCUAAUUCAUUUAUGACCAGUUCGUUAUUUGAUCCAGGCGCGUCCCAGUCGUUUGGCAUACCAAGUAUCAAAAAGAGCAAACGUCCCUCAACAAAAUCCUCCUCUAAUCCGGUACCUUCCUGGUUGCCCAAACCAAGCUCAAGCGCAGACCUCCCUCGGGUCUUCUCUCUGAUUAAUCCCCAGUCGGAAAUGGGCCUGGUUGUGACAGCUCAGACAUCCAAAUGGCUUCAAAGCAGCGUCAAUAGCACCAGAAGAAGACCAUCCGGUCUUGAAGUGUUGGAUCCGGUGGAUGAGAUUGUGUACAUCUCUCCCAAAGACGAACUUCUGGGCACCAGCAGGGGUCCACUGAAUGGAGCUCCUUUGAUCCUUGUGGUUACUAUCAAUACAACCACCGGGAUAUACACAAUUUGGACUGCGCGCUACAAAGAUGACGAAUCCGGAGGUUCAAUCAAAGAAAAGGCUAGACGAGAGACUGGAGGCACUCGGUCCGUGCGACGAAGCUCACACUUCGGUAUGGCAACCGGUGCAACAACUCCCGCCGCUCGGUCUGGGGCAACCAGAGAGAGCUUUGGGCCGUGGACGGAAGACUGGCCUUCUAGCCAACCAUCACUGGGACGAAAUGACCCCGAAAACGACCUGGCUGCGAGGGUAGCCCAGGACUUUGGGGAUGUCGGUGUUCCUCUCAAGGCAUCCAGGCGAGUCAGCUCAUUGCUUGCUCGAACCGACCUUGCUACAAGUCAGGACCGCAUCACCUUCUCGGAGAUGGCCACUGGCAGUCAGUCCAGCACUAUGCCCCACGGAGCUGGGUUGAGACAGUCUAUAGGCGGAGCGAGCACACGAGGGAGCUUUGGCUUCAAUCCUCGAGGGUCUUUACCUCCGGGUACAGGAUCCGUUUACAGCAAUGCAGGCAGCUUUCUGGAUGCCCCCGUUGAUAAGCUACUUGAAGAGCUGAACAGCGAGAGUCUUUCCAAUGGGUUCGAGAACAUCGGGCUGCGUGAGUCCGCAUCUGGGCUUCCUGAAGAGCUCUUGUUGAACAAAGUCGAAAGCUUCUCUUCGCAAUUCUCCGGCAUUUUCCAAAAAUCUGCUCAAGCGCCAGCGUCCCACCGAAUGAAAGUUUCGACAUUGGCAUCUACCGACUAUGGAGGCAACCAAAAGGGCCACACUGCCUCUCUAGCAGUGUGCAUCUUAGAUAAAACGUCACGAAACAUGACCAUUGUGAACCUAAGAGCAGAUCGCGAAUCACUCUCCAAGAGCCAGAAGAAAAAGGCCAAGUCCACUGGACAAAGCUCGGUUCUUGUCCGCGCAGUUAGAAUUCAAAAUGUAUCGAACGUUCUGGAUGCCUGCAGGAUCACAGACGGCGAAAUUUCGCGCAUCCUUUCGCUGAGCGAGACGGAUUCCAAACAUCGCGAGCUCUCAUUGCAGACUCUUUGGGGUAGUCCUAUCAAGGUCGAGGUUCCAGUGCCGCUACAGCUGUACGAACCCGAUGGGAUCUCUGCCUACAAGCUUGAAAAGCGCCCAAGGGAAAGUGGUGUCCACCGGGUUAUGGCUGAUCCAGACCUGAUAUUUAAUCGAUUUGAUCACGGCUGCUCUCGAGGGAAGAUUGACCUCGUUGACACUCACCAGCAGCGACAUCGACUGCAGAUUCAAAUGGAGCCCCGCAAUGACCUGGUGAAGAAGAUCCUCAAAGUCUGCAAAUUUGCUUUGCGUGACUCCGAGAAAGCCGGCGAUGGCAUCAUGGUCGCUUGGUGGGAGGUGAUCAAAUGGCUCCGGAGCAGAGAGGACAUUGAAAAUGACCUCGAGUGGACUGCUAUGACUGUUGUCCUCUUAAGUUUGGCUGUCCCCUUUGUCUCUCCCCCGCCAACCCAAGCACCGAAACGAACACGCCGAAAGAAGAGUCUCCUUAGGUCGAGCAGCGGAGGAAACCUGGACCUGGAAAGCUGGGAGGCUAUGCUGGAUCUGGAAUCUGGCCCGGCGGGUGUUGUAGCUCCGUGGAUGAUGGAAAGCUCCUGGGGCUGGAUCGUUGAACAGGAUGCAAUUGAGAACCUCACAACGAGAGCACCCAAGGCCGAUAACCCAAACAGUGGCAGCCUGUCUACAUAUCGCCAGAAUUCAUACUUAGUCCGAUGCAUCGCCCUUGCUCGCGAGUUCAUCCAAAGCCCCCUGGGAAUCAGAGCUGCGGGUCACGAUGGAUAUCUCCCUAUAUCGGAAGCAUUUUCUGAGAACACAAGAUGCACUGCCUUGUGCAGCGUUGUCGUGGCUUUGCAUUUACUCCGCGAAGAACAAAAGCUCUCCAUCUGCGACUCAGAGGAGUCACGGAGACCUCUUGGCUUGUUGGCUCCUGUCCUCGCCCAACUGGGUAGCUGGUUGGGCUGGGAGUCCUGGAAGGGGAGUGACGAUGCUUAUUACGGCACAGAGAUGACUAGCAUGGAGCGUUGGCAGUUUGAGGACAACACACAUAUCUCUGGAUUAAAGGUUCCUAACGAGCCUUUCCCACCUCCGUCCAUUUUUGAGUUCCUCAUGGGUUCUGCCUCUCAUCGAAACCCUUCACCAUUCGUUUCCCUUCUGGACAUCGUGAAUGCAUCUGAACGGACUCCACGGAAAGGGCGGAUGUGGCGCGAAUGCUUCAACAUCACACCAAGGACGUGUGCAUUGAAUGGGUUCUUCUCCGAAGUUCACAGCGUGUCUACGCCUCUUGAAAAGAUCAAGCUCUUGCAUCGCUGGGGAUUCACCAAGAGUGUCAUCGAUAGCUUCCCGGAGGGUGUUGGUGCGCCACUUUAUGAAGCGGUGCUGCAAUGCCAAAUUGAGGCCUCGACGUCGUGGAAUGCCGCGCUCCUGGAGCUGAUCGAUCGUGAAGACCUUUACAUGUCGAUGAAUCCUGCCCAGACCAAUUCAUUGUCAGCACCACAGCAAGCCGUGCUUUCUCACGAUGCCAUUCGUGACUUCCAUUAUAUCAGCAAAUCUGCUUUAGACAUCGAUGCGAUCAACGCAUUCGAGGCAUCUGCUGAGGCCGACCGUUCCUCGGUGACCAAGCUCAUCUUCCGAGAAGACAAGCGAUUCCUCGAGGCAGCGAGGUUAUUGAACCAAUCCAAGGCCCCAGUGGCUGAGUGCAUUGCUGAGCCUGGCUGGAGAGAUCAGGAUCUGUUAGACGCACAGAAGGAGAUUGUGCAGCUUGUCACAGUUCGAACGCUGUCUACCCCCGCUGGUCGUGGAAUGCUCGCUUUCAGUGGCAGAUUGCCUUUGUUGACAGAAAAACUGCCUCUUCCAUCCUUUUCCUUGCAGUGUGUGAUGAAGCCAGACAACGUGACAGUCAGCGCGGACAGAGCCUUGUUCUCAGAAGAAAAGGUCUGCUGGGCCUUCUUCCACAACGGUGUGUCCACUGGUCUCGCUAUUUCCAAAGCUUCCAAAGGUAUCGAUACUUCAUGGAUCUUGUUCAACAAGCCAGAAGAGCUCACGAAUCGGCAUGCUGGAUUCUUGUUGGCUUUGGGUCUCAAUGGCCAUCUCAAAUCGCUGGCUAAAUGGGUUGCUUUCAAGUACCUCACUCCGAAACAUACCAUGACAUCCAUUGGUCUCCUUCUUGGACUCUCAGCUUCAUACUUGGGCACAAUGGACACUCUCAUUACACGUCUGCUCUCAGUGCAUGUAACAAGAAUGCUGCCCUUUGGGGCAGCUGAGUUGAACCUCUCGCCGUUAACCCAAACUGCUGGCAUCAUGGGAAUUGGCCUGUUGUAUUGCGGCUCUCAGCAUCGCCGCAUGAGCGAGGUCAUGCUCUCAGAAAUCGAAAACAGCGAGCAUGACGAGCAAGCUGCCACCCAAGAAGAUCUUCGCGACGAAGGAUACCGCCUGGCUGCCGGAUUCUCCCUGGGUUUCAUCAACCUUGGCAAAGGCGACGACCUGCGAGGCAUGCGAGACAUGCACAUUGUCGAGCGUCUAUUGGCGAUUGCCGUUGGCACGAAAAACGUUGACAUCGCCCAUGUACUUGACCGUGCCACAGCCGGCGCUACCAUUGCCCUCAUGAUCAUCUUCAUGAAGACGAAUGAUGCAGUUCUAGCCCGGAAAAUUGACAUCCCUGAUACCACCGUUCGCUUUGAUUAUGUGCGGCCAGACUUGUUCUUAUUACGGACCCUGGCACGACACAUCAUCAUGUGGGACAGUAUCAACCCCACCGCUGAAUGGAUCAGUCAAAGCUUGCCCGAGGUGUAUCGGGGACGAGCACGGCUUACAGAUGUUCGCCGCCUGCGCAGCGAGGACAUGCCUUUCUUCAACAUCAUUGCAGGCCUUUGCUUCGCGCUUGGCCUCCGUUAUUCUGGAUCUGGAGAGGCCCAAGCGAGAGAUCUUUUGCUGUUCUAUCUGGACCAGCUGAUUCGCAUUUCAAGACUGCCUGUUCGUAGCUACGAUGCUAGGCUCGCACGCAACUCGGUGCGGAAUUGCCAGGAUGUCGUGGCCCUGUCUGCGGCUGCUGUCAUGGCUGGUACAGGCGACAUUACUCUGUUCCGUCGUCUGCGUUCGCUGCACGGGCGAAUCGACGUAGACACAACUUAUGGCAGUCAUAUGGCGGCGCACAUGGCAAUCGGUGUGCUCUUCCUCGGUGGGGGUAGCUACACACUCGGCACUUCUAAUCAAGCCGUGGCCUCGCUCAUCUGCGCCUUCUAUCCGAUUUUCCCAACUACUGUCCUCGACAACAAAUGCCACCUCCAAGCCUUCAGGCAUCUCUGGGUCCUCGCCGCCGAGCCACGCUGCUUAGUACCUCGUGAUCUCGACACUCGCCGUCCCAUUUCUAUUCCCAUCACCAUUACAUCCCACGACGAGUCUGUUCGCACCCUCGGUGCCCCGUGUCUACUACCAGACCCCAGCCAAAUUUCUCGAAUCGAGAUCCGCGGGUCAGAUCAUUGGCCCCUUGUCCUAGACUUUAGUCAAAACGACACACUCCGCGAGAAAUUCCUCCGCGGUGACCCCUCCAUCUAUCUCCGUCGCAAGGCGACCUACAACCCCGCGAGCUCUUCGAGCUCUGUCUUCGCCUCGACUUUGACCGGCCUGAGCGAAGCUCAAGACAUUCUUCCCACAGCUGCCGCCGGAGCCUCAAACCCAGCCAAGGCAAUUCCCCCCUCGGCCUGGCCAAACCGCACCGCGCUACUUGCCGGCAAGCACUCCAAGGCCGCAUCACCAUCUCAGAAUCCUUGGGACUGGGUCUUCCACCUGCCAUCCUUACAAGACCUCGACAUCCGCGAGCGUUCCCUCGUCCUCCCCUCAUCCUUCCCAAUGCGCUCCGCGCGGCUCACGAAUGAUCUCAUCUCCGCACCACCCUGGCUGCGUACCUCCGCUGUGGACGCACGCCUCACGUUAUCCCAUACUGUGCGCAACAUCGUACAAUCCGCGCGCGGCCGCGGCGCUGAUCCCGACCAGAUUCGGGAUCGCAUGUGGCAGCUUCGUCUGUUAUUUGACUGGCUGGAUCGUACUCAACCUGGUGAUGAACGUGAUCAUCUAUCUAGACAGGUGUUAUCGGGUGAACAGAAGCCUCAGCCGUCUGGUCUUUGGUUGAGACGGGACUUUGUUGAAGAUGCCAAAUGGCAGAUCUGGGGAGUGCAGAUUGGGGAUCGAGCCGAGGCUUCAUAA